UUAAACCUUAAUAUAUUUGAUCUGGCAGACAAGAAAAGUGCAAAUGUUAUAGACAAUGGAACUUUUGUUUGGGGUAAGACUGGUAAUUAAAACUAAAAACUUUGAGGAACUUUUUUAGAUUUAGUGGAGAAUCAAGCAUGACUUGUUUGUUAUUAUAAAUACCAAAAACAUUCAAUUCAAUCUUUGAUCCACUGCUCUCAAUCUCUGUCUCCAUCAUACACAGAAUGUUAGCACCUUCUUUUUCAAUUUCAAGUAGUUCUUACCACUCCAAUUUCUAGUUUCAAACUUUAUUAUCUAUGUCUUCUGAUCUCUAUUCUUUUGGCACCACUUUCCAAACACAAUAUUCAACCUCACAAAAUGAAGAGCUUCCAUUUUUCUCUGAUUCAUUCCCCUUUUUCAGCAACAACUCUAAUGCUGAAGUAACUUCUCAACAAAAUUCAAACUCAUUUGAUGAACCUCUUCCUAAUUCUCUACACCCUUUUUCCUCUUCUUUCUUCUCUUUCUCUCCUCCUCUUACUGAAAAUCUCACCACUUCUAAUGAAAAUUUAUCAGCUUUUGAAGUUAAAAAUGAGAAAUCCCAAAUGGGUGUAGUUGAUUAUUAUAAUAUUAAUAAUAUUCAAUAUCUUCCUCAUAGUUAUAGUGGUGUUGAGAAUGUAUCUAAGUACAUGCAAAGAAGCUAUAGUAGUAAUUCUUUUGAAGGAAAGAAGCAUAAUUUUGUAUUCCAAACUCACCAUGAUAAUGUUGUGGAUUCUCCAAUUAUUCAAACGCAUGAUCGAAACUCCCCUGAAAACAAUUCAUUCGUUGGACAAAUUAGAAGGGUGUGUAGCACAGGUGAUUUGCAGAUGAAAGCAAAUGAUAUGUGUCGAAGGGAGGGAGAGGAAGCAAACUUAAAAGUAGGACGUUACAGUGCCGAAGAAAGAAAAGAAAGAAUUUCCAAAUACAAAGCAAAGAGAACUCAGAGGAACUUUAACAAGACCAUUAAGUAUGCAUGCCGAAAGACACUGGCAGACAAUAGACCACGCGUACGUGGCAGGUUCGCACGCAAUGACGAGUACAAUGAGAUCCCUAAGCCUUCAUGUUUAACCACAGAUGAAGAACAAGUCGAUUUUUGGAUGGAAGAAUUGCACUUGACCGAAGGAGCUUUAACUGACCAAUAUAUCAACACCACUUACGGACCUACUCACUUUCAGUACUUUGGUUUUUGAGAAGGAUACAUCACCAUCAUUUUACUUCAUCAAAAUAUUCCAUAAUUUCAUUUUAGUAUCUGACUCAAUAAAAAAAACUCAAAUUACUUCUUAAUUACACAAACUAUAAACUAUUUUGAUAGUAAGUUGUUUCUUUUAGAGACUUGUGUGAUAGUAAGUUGUAUGUUCAACAACUAUUUUGUUGAUUCAAUUACUACUUUGAAUUUUUGUUUAAUAAUCAAAAUAAAAGCGUUUUAUAGUUUCAGAAACUAAAAUGCUGAUUUAUUUUAUUUUAUUUUUAAUAUAUUUUUUUCUUUAAUGCUCUUAUUAUAAAAGAUAAAAUAUAUGAUAGGUCACUUACCAGCCAUCAUGGAAUCUGAUAUGUUACUAGGAUCAAAUAAAAUUUGGUUGUCAAAUAAAAUGUAGUUGUUUAGGAGGUGUCUUACAUAGCUAAUUUAUAGUUGCAGAAUGUUACUCCUUUUAUUUUUAUCAAUUGUUUAUUGUCUAUAUCAUAUUCCAUAAUUGUUUUUUAUUUA